UAUCCUUACUUCUUGCUCUUUUUACAUCAAUAUGUAAAAAUAUUUCUCCACCUUCCUUCAUAAAUCUCAGCGCGCUCUUUCAAAACCCUAAACCAGAGAAGAACUUCCCAUUUCUUGAUCAAUCAAUCAAUGGCAGUUCAAAGCUCAACUUCCAGUAGUAAAUCCCAACUUUCCAAGAACGUUUCUCACGACCAUUUCUUCGUAUGGAGGGAGUUUGUAUGGGGAGCUGUUGCGGGUGCUUUUGGGGAAGGAAUGAUGCAUCCAGUAGAUACCAUCAAAACACGAAUACAAAGUCAAGCUAUUCUAAAUGGUGUUAAGAACCAGAAAGGCAUAUUGCAGAUGGUGCGGUCUGUUUGGAAGGUUGAUGGAUUAAAAGGCUUUUACAGGGGUGUAUUACCUGGUGUUACUGGGUCUCUUGCGACUGGUGCAACAUAUUUUGGUGUCAUAGAGUCAACUAAAAAGUGGAUUGAGGAUUCACAUCCUAGCCUUGAGGGCCAUUGGGCACAUUUCAUUGCUGGAGCUGUUGGAGAUACACUUGGUUCUAUAGUAUAUGUUCCAUGCGAAGUGAUAAAGCAGCGCAUGCAAGUUCAAGGCACAAUUACAUCCUGGACUUCUACUGCAUUGAAGAAUGGCAUUGAAAUAAAACCUGGUGCAGAAAUAUAUGACUAUUAUAAAGGGAUGUUCCAUGCAGGCUGCUCAAUAUGGAGAUCACAGGGCUUAAGGGGUUUAUAUGCAGGAUAUUUGUCUACACUGGCAAGGGAUGUACCAUUUGCUGGCCUGAUGGUUGUGUUCUAUGAAGCUUUGAAAGAUGCUACAGAGUAUGGGAAGCAGAGAUGGAUAUCUAACCCAAAAUGGCAUGUUAAUAAUUCUUUUGAAGGACUGGUUUUAGGAGGAUUAGCUGGUGGUCUCAGUGCAUAUCUCACCACACCUUUGGAUGUCGUCAAAACUAGGCUGCAAGUUCAGGGUUCAACUUUGAGGUAUAAGGGUUGGUUGGAUGCCAUUUACAAUAUAUGGGCUAAGGAAGGCUUGGAGGGGAUGUUUAGGGGUAGCAUCCCCAGAAUUGCGUGGUACAUCCCGGCUUCAGCGCUUACAUUCAUGGCUGUUGAAUUUCUCAGAGAACAUUUUAAUGAAAGAGUGCCCAAUGGUAAUCUGAGAGUACCAAAGAGGAAAUCUUUGCAAGAGGCUACUUAAAAGUUGUGACUGAAGUCUCAUUACUUCCUAUCUAGAGUUUUACAAAGAUGGGAUGCUACAUCAUAUCAAAAUUCUUAGGUAUGCAUAAUCUACUUUAGAUUCUUUUUGUUUCUAACAUGUUGUAACAAGGAAAUUGUAGUCAAAAUGCAAACUUUGACCAAGUCAAAUUCGGCCUAGCCCAUUUUUGAUUGUUUAGUAUGUCUCAUCUGUCAAAUUAGUGAAAAGUGACUUGAUAAUUUUUUUUGGAAAUUUGGCUUCUGGAACGGCUUAAGGUGAUAAUAAGAUGUAUAUAUCCGGAUAGAUAGAUACACACCAAUAUAUACAGAAUUACUUUACACAUUCUAGUUAUUGAGGAAAUAUUAUUUGGUUAUGUAUUUGUCUA